AUGUGCGGCUCUACAUGUGAUUGCGGUGUACGUCGAAGAAUCUGUGAAUUAGUCUCGGAAAAUGAGAAGAACACUCUCGACACUUCUAAAAUGGUCGACAUAAUCCUUGAGCCAUGGCUGUAUCUCGUCGCAGCUAGUAUGAGGAUUGUGCCGAUUCUUUUGGAUACUUCACGACGUUUAAUUUGUGUUACAAGAAUGGCUUCGAAUAAGGUUCUCACCAAAGAGACCAUUAAUCCACAAGUAAUAACUAUGCAAUAUGCUGUUCGUGGUCCAAUAGUGAUUCGUGCUGUUGAAUUGGAGAAAGAACUUGCUCAGGGAGCUAACAAACCUUUCAAGAGUGUGAUUAAAGCUAACAUUGGUGAUGCUCAUGCUAUGGGUCAAAAGCCUAUCACAUAUAUCAGACAGGUGAUUUCUUGUGCAGCAAAUCCGUCGCUAAUAGAAUCCGGGAAUUUCCCAGCUGAUGUCGUUGAACGGGCAAAGCUUCUUCUUGGCGGAUGCGGUGGUGGUAGUGCUGGUGCAUAUAGUCAAAGUACUGGUAUCGAUAUAAUCAGGAAACAUGUUGCUGAAUAUAUUACGAAACGUGAUGGUUUCCCGUGUGAUCCUGAAAAUGUUGUACUAUCCGGUGGUGCUUCCGAAUCGAUUCGAAAUGUACUGAAAAUGUUCAUACAUCAUGAUGGCAGCAAAAAAGUCGGUGUAAUGAUCCCUAUACCUCAAUAUCCGUUAUAUUCAGCAAGUACAGAAGAAUUUGGUCUUGGACAAGUUGGCUAUUAUCUUAAUGAAGAAAAGAACUGGAGCCUGGAGGAAAGCGAAUUAGAACGAGCCUAUCAGGAAAGUUUGAAAAAAUUCGACACACAAGUCCUUUGUGUAAUCAAUCCGGGAAAUCCUACUGGUCAGGUGCUUUCACGUGAAAAUAUUGAAAGUAUCAUAAAAUUUGCUCAUCGACAUAAUCUUUUCUUGAUGGCAGAUGAAGUGUAUCAGGAUAACGUCUAUGCUGAAGGUUCCAAAUUCCAUUCAUUUAAGAAAGUUAUUAAUGAGAUGGGUGCACCGUAUAACAAGAUGGAAUUAGCGUCAUUCCACUCAGUAUCGAAAGGAUAUAUGGGUGAAUGCGGUAUGCGUGGUGGAUACGUGGAAUUUUUCAAUCUUGAUCCAGAAGUCUACGUACUCUUCAAGAAGAUGAUUUCUGCUAAACUUUGUUCCACGGUUCUUGGUCAGAUGGUAAUGGAUACCGUUGUGAAACCACCAAGUCCUGGCGAACCGUCUUAUGAUCUGUGGUUAAAGGAAAAAACAGCAGUCCUUGAUUCACUCAAACAACGGGCAACACUUGUCAAAGAAGCCUACGGAAGCAUAGAAGGAAUAAGUUGUAACGAAGUACAAGGAGCGAUGUAUGCAUUCCCACGGCUUGAGCUACCACAGAGAGCCAUUGAUAAAGCCAGAUCGCUUAAUCAAACUCCUGACUUUUUCUACGCGAUGCAGUUGCUUGAAGCUACUGGUGUUUGCAUAGUGCCUGGAAGUGGAUUCGGACAAAAGGAAGGCACCUAUCAUUUCAGGACAACAAUACUUCCACAACCGGAAUUAAUGAAGGAAAUGUUGAAUCGAUUCAAAUCAUUUCACACCAAAUUCCUCUUAGAGUACAAAUAG